UAAUUUCACCCAACAGUCCCAACAGCUGAUUGGUGAUUUAUAAAAGUAAACACAUCACAUCAUCCAAAUUAACAUUUUUAAUUAGUAAUUUGUCCAAUUCCUCUAAUAUACUACAUCUGCUACAAGUACCACAACCGAUAGCAAAAACAAUGGCUACGGCUUUGUCCUAUGACGACCUACGAAAACAUGCCAGGCAACUGGAAAAUGAAAUCGACCUUAAACUGGUUGCCUUUAGUAAGUUGGGAGCUGGAAUUAAGACACCACACAAUACACAUAGCGACAAGGUUCCCCUUUUGUCAGGAGAAGAUACAUUUGAAGCAAUGGCACUUGAAAUAGAAGAGCUACUUAACAAAUUAACCCAAGUAAAUGAAAGACUAUCAGAACAACCGGUCUCUGGAGCUGCCAUGCUUCACACCAUUCAAAGGCAUAAAGAAAUUCUUGCAGAUCUUGCUAGGGAUUUUAGAAAAACCAAUUCGCAGCAUGAAAGUAGAAAAGAAAGAGAGGAUCUGUUAAGUGGUGGCAAUGAUUCGGCUUUUCGGGGUGAUGGCAUCAAUAAUAGGCGUGAUAUGUAUUUGAAAGAAAACCAACAUAUUUAUAACUCUGAUCAUUUAAUAAACGACCAAAUCUCAAUCGCAGUGGAAACCAGGGAACAUUUGACCUCCCAAAGAUACACUCUCAAGAGGCUUCAGACAAGAUUCAAUGACAUUUCCAAUAAAUAUCCAAUUAUUAACAGUUUAAUCAGUAGGAUAAAUAUUAGGAAAAGACGUGAUUCCAUUAUAAUCGGAUUGGUCGUUGCAUUAUGUACUAUUUUAAUGUUGGUUUAUGUUUUUAGUUAAAUGUUUUUGUGAUAUAUGUAUAUGUACUGCAUUGGUUGAUAACUUUUUUUUAAUAAGGGGAAUUGUAUAUUUUUAUUAAGAUUAUGGUAAUUCAUAAAGCAAUUAAAUACGUGUAAUAAGUAAGAAUAUAGAAGUUAUAAUAUAUAUAAUAAAGAACUAAUUUUUUAAUAAACUGUAUAAUUUUUA